AUGAAAACUUCCUGUUCCUUCUCCUGCCUUCUCCUGCUGAGCUUUGGUGCCUGCUUCCCUCCAGAUGAUGGUCAGACAUCCUGGAGAUACCCUAGAAAAGAGUUUGUGGCAACAGAAGAGCAGCCUGGUCCCUGGGUCAUUGACACCCCAAAGUGGAGGCGUUCGGCGGAAGACCUCCGUUCCCUCUUCAGCAUAGCUAAGGAGCUCCAAGGCUUUGGGAAGGAGAGAGCUGGCAUCCAGUUCCGAUUUGGGAGGGACCGAGACGGCAAGGAAGAUGAGAAUGAAGUCAUUAAUUACCUUCCAGAAGAAGACAGCAUGAAACGGGAGGACGCCUUAGGGAGCCUUGCAGAGGAGUUGAAUGGCUAUAACCGAAAGAAAGGCGGGUUCAGCUUCCGCUUUGGGAGGAGGGUUGCACGGUUCUGA